CGAGGAAGCAAAUCUGUUUGCAGAAAAUUUCGAAAGAUGGCACUUGGUUAGAGAACGAAGGACGUUCCGGACAUCAAUGAGAUUUUUAACGAUUCUUGAGAAUUUUAAUGAAUGUUGGUGUUGUGGAAUCGUGCAAUGUGAAGUUGUCAGAGAGUCGACGAAGAAAUCCGGAAUGGAAGCCAGUCGCAAACAGCUUAUUUAUCUUCACAAUAAUCAAUCGCCGCAAACAUUUGCGACAUCCCGAAAAUACUUCUGGGGCUACAAUUACAGAUGAUCAAUGUUGGAGGGAUGGUAUUGCCGGUCCAUCGCAAACAACAACGCAGAUGCAGAGGAUGAUGAUGAAGAAAGUCCAGAAGAAGAAGCACCAAAUUAUAAAGACCAGUAUCGUAAUCUCAAGCGUAAACUAAAAUUUCUCAUUUAUGAAAAUGAGUGCUUCCAAGAAGCCUUACGUUCAACACAAAGAAAGUUAUUAAAAGUAAAUCGAGAUAAGAGUUUUUUAUUAGAUCGAUUGCUUCAGUAUGAAAAGGUUGAUGCUUCGUUCAGUGAGAGUGAUGAAACCGAAUCCUCUGAUGAUGAAGUGUCACGAAUGGAUACAUCAAAAAGAAAAAAAGUAGAAAUGAACGUAAAUAAUCAUUCGUCACAUCAUUCGUCAGCAACAGUCAAACCGCUGAGUACAAGUAAAAAGAAAAAACCCGUGCCGAAAGCACCAAAGACGCACAAUACACCAUCGGUUCAAUCGGCCAACAACAUUAUGCCGAUGUCAUUAAUGUCGGAUGGCCACAUGACUCCAGAAGAGGUGGAACGUCAUUUGGAAUCUCGACAAACGUACCUAGAAUUAGUGCCGGAGAAAGCACCGCCGACGGUGCCCACAGAAAUGUUUAGUAAUGAUCCGUCGCUAGACAGUGAAUCGAAUGAAGUCGGAGAACUCGAAACGUCGCCGAGCAAUAUGGUACCCUGGCAAAAGUUUCGGAGAGGAUAGAGACAAGCGAAAAACGGGAGGUCGUGGUAUCGUCAAAAUCUCAAAGUUCCAGAACCUCGAAAAUUUCCGAAAGCUCUGAAAGUUCAAAAUCAAAGGAAAAGAAACAUCAGGAAAUAAUUGUAUAUUCUGACAUCGAAGAAGUUUACUGUCGAAUCUGUUACGACACUGAUGCUCGGGUCCAGAUAAUUUAUCCAUGUAAAUGUAAGGUAAUUUCUCAAAGAAACGCUAAAAUAUUCAAUAACAUAAAAUACAUUUUGCUAUUACACCAGAAAAUA